UCCUGUAUUUAUAAGGUUCCUGUGCAAAGUCCUAUGCGCCGUCUCUUCUCUGGGAUUGGCGCAUCGUUUACCAGAGGACAAUCAUUACUGCAGGUCGCGCUGCGCCAUUGGCUCAUGCGUCUCAGCUUCACGCCUCCAAUAGGAAAAACCUUUACGACAUCCGUCCGCACAGUCACGAAUAAUCACAUAAAGGUUCACGCGCGUCGCUCCACUCGCGUCAUCUGUUUAUUGUUCACCGAUCACUGCUGCUUUAAAUCAACAUGUCUGGUAGAGGGAAAACCGGAGGCAAAGCUAGAGCAAAGGCGAAAUCCCGAUCCUCCCGGGCCGGACUUCAGUUCCCGGUAGGUCGCGUUCACAGGCUGCUGCGCAAAGGCAACUACGCGGAGCGCGUCGGCGCCGGGGCUCCUGUGUAUCUGGCGGCCGUGCUGGAGUACCUGACGGCUGAGAUCCUGGAGCUGGCAGGAAACGCGGCCAGGGACAACAAGAAGACCAGGAUCAUCCCCCGACAUCUCCAGCUGGCAGUGCGUAACGACGAGGAGCUGAACAAGCUGCUGGGAGGUGUGACUAUCGCACAGGGAGGAGUGCUACCAAACAUCCAGGCUGUGCUUCUGCCAAAAAAGACGGAGAAACCGGCCAAGAGCAAGUAGGAGAAAGGACCGAGGCCGGGCUGGAGUCAGGCGGGGCGGACGGCUAUCCCCGAAGCCAGCAACUUUUCCACAUCAGUGUUUUCUAUUUUGUUUUGUUUUUAAUAACAUUCUUUAGAAUAGACGUUGUUUUGGUUUUUGCUGUUUCUAUAAUAAAACAUGAGCCUAAUCGGCUUCUCAUCGGGACUAUUCACAGACUGCCCCAUCCGCUCGGAAAAUGGAGGCGCUCUCUGAAGCUUGGAGACAUAAAGAAAGAAAUCCUUUUUUUAAUAUGGAUGGGGGUCGGUUUUUCUUUAGCUUUGUUGAAAAAAUAUUGUGAUGUUGUUUAUUAUGUUGUGCUGUUUCCAUUAAAGGCUUGUAGGAAACUGUA